AGGGUUGACUAAUAACAACCCUAGCGCGGUAAAUGUACCUUACUUUCUUUAAAUCAUCGCUCCGGGUAAGACGUGUUGCGUGCUAGCUUGUGGCGAGUGGUGGACUUUACCAGUUAUUUUAUCCUUGUGAGACGUGAGCCCUAGAGGAGUAGUUUCUGUGAAAAGAGGCGGUCACGGCGAAAACGCGUAGUCAAGGGACGAUCUUGGUUGUGAUUCAUAGUGGUUGUUGCAUAAAUCUCUCAAAGGCACAUCACCCCACAUCGACGGAACAACAAUAGCCGCCACCAUGCACGCCUUGAAACGCUUCACACAAUGCGGAAGUCUAACGAUGCUGUUCACAGUCUUCAUCGUCCUGUUCGGAGUGAGUUCCACGGCCCUGACCACAUUCGGCAAAACGAGUCCUAAUGUCCAACAGCCGCCCACCACACCUCCAGUGAAAGGACGAGAAUGCAACACUCACACAGAUUGUAGCACUCUGCAGAGCACUAGUUGUGUAAGGGACCCCAACGACUCAAGGCUUCGUUGUUUAUGCGGUGACAACACAGCCCCAGUCAACGGUCAGUGCUUCGCUAAAUAUAAAGGGCUACGACAUAUGUGCAGCAAUGUCAAUGAAUGUGAUGAAGGAAUGAUUUGUGCGAUUGAAAAUGCAACAAGGAUCUCAACGUUUGGUAAAAUCACUGGAGGAACACCAAACACGAAAGCAUGUUUAUGCGAUGAAGAAAAUGGCUACGAAGAAGACACCCGCGAUUACUCGUGCAAUAUGGGUGAUUUCCAGGCAUACACGAGUUUCUUCGUGCCAGUGUUUUCCGUAAUAUUGUCUCUGAUUCUGUCGUCGAUAAACAGUAAAGGAUUCUAAAAUACACCAAUUUCCCGACUUAGCGAAUUCAAAUACUCGAAUAAGAUAUAUAGCAAUUACAUAAAUAUAAUACAUAGACUAGAUACUCAGGCACGAUCAAAUAUUUUAAGUGAAUAGCUUAGUAGAAACCGUGCCGACGUUCCAGUGCAUUCUCCUCAGAAGAAUAUAUCAGCGCAAUACUCCUUUAAAGCAAGUUAUAUUUAUAAAUACACGUUGUGAAACUUUUUGAGCAACCCAAAAAAAUUUAAAAAAAAAUAAUGAAAAGUACCUCUCAAACGGACUAUUGUAGACGUGAAAUAGCUGCAAUAUCGUAAGGUGCAUAUCCUUAUAAAUACACCUCAGACAUUUUUCACUUUGCGUAUCCAAAUUUGAAUUCUAUGCACAUUUUAUAUUUUCAAUGAUAAUCCUUUAAAAUCGUAGGUAAGGAAUCCGAGACAACCGAGGCAGAAACUUUAGCUUGUUCAAAUGAAAAAAUACAAAAGUAGAGCCUG